AUACUUUUUGUUCCCUUUUUGUAGCACACCAAAAAAAAAAAGAGAUUGAAAUCGAGCAAGGAAUUAACCAUUUUAGAGAUGGCUUUCGACUUUUGCUUUGACAAACUUCUAUUCCUUAAUACCACUUGUCGUAGCUGCAGUCGUUUCUUUACUGAAGAUGUAAAAUUUUACAAAAUAUUUCAGGAGAAACAUAAAGGCCAGUCUGGUGAUUAUCAAGAUGAUGAUGGUGCAAGGAAUAAUAGAGAAAUCGAUUAUGAGCCUAGUGAAGAUAUUAAGGAAAUAUUUGAGGAUCUCGUCAUUUGGCAGCUAAAUAUCAAUGCAAUGGACGGCAUGCCCCAACAGAUCUGCGUGGAGUGUUUCCAGCGUUUUAAAGAGGUUCGGUCAUUUCGCGAAGAGUGCUUAGAUAGCCAACGUGUUUUGAAAAGCUAUUUCCUCAUUGAGGAUACUUUUGCGAAUGUGGCUAAACUUUCGCCCAAAUCAGACUCAAUGCAUAUAGACCCAGUGCUGGCAGCUGACAUGGUUUUAAAUAGGGAUGCAGAGCAGGACAUGGAACGAAACACAAUAAAAUAUGGCAGUGACCUGGGCUCGCCAUCCAGCAGUCCUCGCUUGCGUUUGAGUCCACGUUUAGCAGAAUUGGGAAAUUGUAUAGACACAACCUCUUCCAUAGGCACUCCACCGCCUUUGUUUGAAGAAAUCAAAACAGAACCCAUCGAUAUGGAAACAAUGGAAGCCAUUAAACCAGAGUCUGAGCUGGAACAGAAACCUCAAAAUGAUGAAUAUCGUUUGCUGCCCACACAGGGCAGCAAUUCAUGCGAUGAGGAGGAGUCGUCCACACCUACUUCAGAUGAAGAGCAACCGGAAGAGUCUUCUUUAUCAUCGGAAGAUGAUGAUGACGACGAGUCCUUGCAACGUUUUCAGGUUAAAAAGAGAAAAACAGUAAAAUACAAUCCACGUCUGAAUUGCAAGAUAUGUGGAGAAGCAUGUUCUAGUCGUCAGCUGUUAAAGACCCACAUCAUGCGUUUCCAUCCACAAGAUAAGCCAUUCGAAUGUGAUAUAUGCACUAGCACUUUUAAAUCCACCUUCAUGCUGGCCCAGCACAAACUCAAGCACAAUCGGCCAGAUUCCACGCAAUGUGAGCAAUGUGGCAAAUAUUUCAGAAGCCAACUACAUUUGCAACGUCAUGUCAAAAAUUUCCAUCUCAAGUCGACAUACACUUGUCACAUUUGCAAUCAGCAAUUCGAAAACUACACUCAAGUCCGUUUCCAAUAUCAUAUACGGCAACAUGGAGAGAAACGUUUUGCCUGUUCAUUCUGUUCCAAGGCCUUUCAUCAGAAGAUUCAUCUGAUCAAUCACGAGAGGACCCACACCAGAGAGCAGCCAUUUACAUGUGACAUCUGCGGCAAGGCCUACAGGCAAAAGACCAUAUGCCAAGAGCAUAUGCUUACGCACAAAGACCCAACUCCUUUCAAAUGUACGCAUUGUUCGAAAGCAUUCUCGCAGAGAUCCACCUUGCGAAUGCAUAUAAUGCGUCUACAUGGCAUGGAGAAAGUUGGCAAAUCUACUAAACAAAGCCUACUGGAAAAUCAUAACUUCUUUUAAAAAAGAGCUAUGGUAAUAAUGCUUCUGUGUAAAACUUCUCUUUUUUCGUUUCGACGAGCUAGUAAAAAUAAGUAUUAAUAUAAUAUAGCACCUAAUACAUGUAUCCUUAUGCAAUUAUUGAAUGUGAAUUUGUAAUUUUUU